AGCACUUUGCUUCCUUCUCUGCUGCAGAGAUACACCCAGCCUGCUCCAGGGCGAUGGCCGUCUGGAGGGCACCAUCCUGGUUAGUGCCUGUGAGCCUCGUGCUGAUUCACACAGCACCCAGAGCAGCCAGCCUCAACAACAUCCUCCCUAAAGGGGAAUCAGACUACCUUCUGCCAGACUACCGUGGGAAAGGCUGCAUCGAUGACAACGGGUUUGUCUUUGAGCCAUCUGCCUGUGAGAGGUGUCGGUGUGAAGCUGACCGAGAGGUGUACUGUCUGACCGCAGAAUGUGCUCCUGUCCACUGUGUCAACCCUUCGUAUGAACCCAACCAGUGCUGUCCUGUCUGCAGGCAGGGGCCCAACUGCUUUGCAGGAAACACUAUUAUCCCUGCUGGUGUGAAGGUGGAAAUGGAUGGAAUCUCUGUUUGUUUCUGCCCAUAUAAGGAUGGCUCCUGGGAACCUCAGCAACAGGCGAUCUGCAGCCCCCGUGGCUGGAAGCAGUCUCAUCAUUAUACCACUAAUGAAGGCCGCCACUGACAACAGGAGCCAGGCAACAGGCUGACUGCCGCAUCCUGUCACCAACUCUUGUCAUGUUUGUCAGAGACCUGUCAUCAUUAUUAACACGGAAAACCCAGGUCUGUCAGCAGCCCCCCCCCCCCCCCCCCC